UCCUCUCGUUCUCGGCAUCCAGUGAAGACCUCUCGUUCUCGGCAUCCAGUGAAGACCUCUCGUUCAUGGCAUCCAGUGAAGACAUGGUUUCCCUCUUAGACGAGCAGCUGAUUGUCUUCUACAUCCUCACCCUCAAGUUGAAGGAAGCCAUCGGAGCUAAUCUCUGCAUACCCCAGGCAAACCCGAUAGCCAGGCCUAUUCCCCUCGGUUUGUACAAGUACAAUUCCGCGUUCAAACCCCUUCUCAGGUCUCAGCCGCUGCCACUGCCGCCGCCUCCUCCUCCGCCACCGCUGCCAAGGAUCAUCUCGAAAUUCCAGGAAAAGAUCAGCCAGGCCCGACGAGACGAGGCUUCCUCCCACUGGGUGACCCAAUCCAUCUAUCGCGUCCCCAAAUCCCUCCGUGACGUUGAUCAGACCGCCUACACCCCGAAGAUCGUCUCCAUCGGCCCCUACCACCGCGGACGCCGCCCCUUCCGCACCAUGGAUCGCCACAAAUGGCGCUCCCUUUACCACGCUCUCGACCGAACUGGCCACGACGUCAGCCUUUACCUCGACGCCGCCCGCUUGCUCGAAGACCGUGCCCGCUCCUGCUACGAGGCUCCCAUCUCCCUGUCCUCCGACGACUUCGUUGAAACUCUCGUCCUCGACUCCAUAUUCACCCUCGAGCUCUUCCUUGGCUUUGCCCACGGCUUCCAAGGUCUCAACUACUCCCCCAACGACCCCGUCUUCGCCGUCCGCGGCAUCAUGCACUUGCUCCAGCGCGACAUGAUAAUGCUGGAGAAUCAGCUCCCUCUCUUCGUCCUCGACUGGAUCCUUGCCGUCCAGGAGGGCUGCGAGCCUUCUAGCUCAUACCGCGUGGCUCCCCUCGCGCUCCUCUUCUUCAACCCCCUUAUGCCCAUCGAGGAGAUCCUCCGUCCCAUGGUGACUGCUAAUCCUCCCGACGACAGAAGAGCCCUACAUUGCCUCGAUCUCUUCCGCCACAGCCUCCUACCGCUCCGCACGCUCCUCACGCCAGCUUCCGGUCCACGGCCGAGCUUCCCUAGCGAGCAAUCCGCACCGCCAGUUGAAAUCGCUAGCCCAACGCUUUUCUCCGCCUCUCGCUGGCUUCCAAUCGCCCAAAAGCGGCGUCGGCAGCUCAUUCACUGCGUUGCUGAUCUCCGCGACGCCAGCAUCAAAUUCUGGCGCCGGACAGACGUCCAGUUUUGGGACAUUAAGUUCGAGGAAGGCGUCCUGUACAUCCCUCGCAUUUUUAUUCACGACGGGACCAAAUCCCUAUUCCUCAAUCUGAUGGCCUUCGAACAGUGCAAUUUUAAGUGUCGCAAUCACAUAACAGCUUACCUUACAUUUAUGAAUAACCUCAUUAACUCCGAGGUGGAUGUUGGGCACUUGCACGACAAUGAAAUUAUCGAAAAUUUGCUCGGGAGCGAUAGGGAGGUGGCCCAUAUGUUUAACCGGCUUUGCAAGGAGGUAGUGUCCGACAUUAAUGAUUGCUACUUGUCAGAGCUAUCGGAGCAGGUAAAUCUCUACUAUAAUAAGAAAUGGAAUACAUGGAGAGCUAGUUUUAAUCAAAAGUAUUUUAGCAAUCCAUGGACUUUCAUUUCUUUGAUGGCUGCUAUUGCACUGCUUUUGCUUACUGCUUUGCAAACAUUUUAUACGGUUUAUCCAUAUUACAAGAAGAAUUAGAGUGCAUUUUCUUCUAGAUGA